CUCUCAGGCAGCGCGGGUCCUUCUGUCAGUGGCGCUGGAUGUAUGCGCGCGCGCCGUGUUGACGGCAUAGUUCAAUACACAAAAUUGUAUUUCUACUCGUUCUCAGGAGGAUUUAAUAUAAGUGUGCGAUGGAAGAGGUUGACGUGGAGCCCAACCCGACCCUCAUUCCCGGAGCUGGGUGUAACCAGAAGCACAUUGGAUUUGAAUGGGGUCCCGGAGAUAUGUUAGUCUACGAGACGAACUACCAGCUACCAGCUUCGCGGUCUGCAGGCUCUCCACUCGUGCACAUGGUGAGGAGAGAUGAAGACGUCUGUUCUCCCAUCCUGCGCAAACUCUUCAAUGAGUCCCAUCACAUCUUCGUAGGGCUGCAGAAGAUCAACGAGGACGUGCCCAGCAAAACCAAGAAACCACAGUUUGUGAGCAUCAGUAAGAACUACAGAUCUGUGAUCCGAGCCUGUAUGGAAGAACUUCAGCAGGGCGCCGUUUCAGCUCAAGACAGAUCUUUGGCGUCACAGUAUGGAGAUCAGGUCUCUAUUCUCUUGGCCAUUGAGCUCAUCUGGAACUUGUGUGAGGUUCUUUUCAUCGAUGCGGCUCCAGCCGGCGCUCUGCUGCUCCACCUGCUGGACUGGGUGCGUCUGCACAAAUCCGACGUGGAUACGAGAGUGAGAGAGGUGUUACAGAGCGACAGCCCUACUCAACAUCGCUCCUACUGGGAUGUGGUGAUUGGUUUGGUUCUGCAGGGUCGUAUGGACGAAGCUCGGCAGGUCCUGUCGAAACGGGCGUCUCUGCGGGCAGACAGCAGCCCUGUGUUCAAGCGCAUGGACACUCUGUUACAGAGCAUGCCCAUAUUUAAUCUCGCAGGCACUCAGACGCUGACGGAGUUUGACGUCAAAUGGAGAAACUGGCACGAAGAAUGUGACCGCUCUCUCCAGGACAACACGUUUGCUAGCAACCGUCACCUGGAGGCCAUCUGCAAGAUUCUGGUUGGUGAUGAAGACGCUCUCUUGGAACACAGAGAGUUAUUGAGCACGUGGUAUCACUUCCUGGUGACCCGACUGCUCUUCUGUCACCCGACGAUCAAACCGCCCGACCUGCACUAUUACGCCAAGUCCAGCAUGAACAUGUUUGUGGGCCCACGGGCUUCACCGGAACCUCUGGACAUCAUACUGCUGUCAGCGUUUGAGUUUGACCUGCAUCAGGUCAUCAAAGACUGCAGUUUCACUCUCAAUAACUGGUGGUUUGUGGCUCAUCUGACGGAUCUGUUGGAUCACUGCAAACUCCUGCAGUCACACAACCUGCAUUUUGGGUCUAACCUGCGUGAGUUUCUGGUUCUGGAAUACGCCUCGGGUCUCUUCACACACCACAGUCUGUGGCAGCUGGCGGUGGAUUAUUUCGAUCACUGUCCUGAGCUGGGCCGAGUGUAUCUGGAGUUACUGAUCGAGAGGAUUCCACUGGACACCGAACGCAAGGCUCUCAAAGUCCUGCGGGUCUGUGAGGACAGACAGAUGAGUGAACAGGUUCGCAGUAUCUGUAAGAUCAUGGCUAAAAGAUCUCUGAGGAACAACAGACUGGGAUCAGCUCUGUCCUGGAGCAUCCGAGCCAAAGACGCAGCGUUUGCUACGCUCAUCUCUGAGAGGUUUCUUCAGGAUUACAGGAAUAAAGGCUCGUUCACAGAUCUGGAAUUGCUGGAUAAUCUCGGCCCCGCUAUGCUGCUCAGUGACAGACUGACGUUUUUAGGGAAAUACAGAGAGUUCCACAGGCUUUAUGGAGAGAAGCGUUUCUCAGAGGCCGCCAAACUCCUGCUGUCCCUCAUGACGGCAAAGAUCGCCCCUCGCAGUCUGUGGAUGACCCUGCUGACAGACGCCCUGCCCCUGCUGGAGCAGACCGAGGUGAUCUUUUCUGUGGAUCAGACGUAUGAGCUCAUGUCCUCUCUAGAAGAACUGACAUCCAGAACAAACAACUCAAAAGAGACGGCACAGGAGGAUGAUAUCGAGUUCACCAAGACGGAGCUGUUGCGAGUCGCUUUGGCUCGUAAUCUGGCCAUGGCCAUCGUAAAGGAAGGAACGGUAGAAACAUGAGAGCGUCAUCAGAUCCAAACCUCCAGCUGUCUGUGUACUGUACAUACCUCAGAUUAUUUGGAUAAACAUGUCUUUUUUUUAUAAACCUUUGCAAAAUACAUCAUUUCACAUGA